AUGUCCACACCUCAGACUGUAUCCGAUCCCCGCUCUCUGCAGGACUUUUAUCUGAAUGAAGUCCAUCUGUCCCGAGUUAACACCAACCAAGUCUCCACGCCUCCUCUUCGUCAGGCAAAGCUUGCUUUAUUACACCCUCUCAGCAAGGCAGAUAUACUCGAAUCAUGCCGCUGCCGAACAAAUCCACCCACAGAUCCUCAGCUAUGCCGUUACACCUGCGAUAGAUUUCGACACGAAUUCCUUAACCUCCAUCCACUAGGUAAGAUGUGGAGGGAGGAGCUGAUGAAGAUCCCACCUUUUUCCCAUCUCAUAUUUGAUCUCACGUUACCACCAAAUGCUCCCAAUAACAACAACACUGAGCCACCGACCCGAUGGAUCUACUGGGAUAUAUCUAUGCCCCAGGAAGCCAGUCUUGGUAUUCAUGACAAAGAAGUCAUGAAUAUUGUCAAGACGAUUGCUUUAACGACGAGGAUACGGACGAAGAGCGGUAAUGUCUCUUUUGAUGUUGUUUAUGACCCGACUGAUGGGGCACCUGUUAAAACUAUGAAGGCUCUGCGGCAGCAGCUUGGGGCACUGAGUACCGCUACCUCUCCUCCGAGUAGUUCUCCCCAGGCAUACAGAACAGUUCAAGAUAGUUUAGAAAUGAAAGGGGACAGUGAUUAA